CUUUCUCUAUAAAAUGGUUGCACAAGGCACCAUUUCCUAAUUUCUACACUCCAGCUCAUGGCCAAACUUAUCGGCUCUCCUUUCAACCUCCUCCCAAGACUUGCCCUUUCUCUCACCCGCUCUCUCUCCACCAUUGAUACCACUCCUGUAAAUUUAGCAGACCACCCACCAUCACCAUCGCCAUCACCAUUACCAUGCAUAGAGAAUAGUCCUCUAAAUGUAGCUAAUCACCCAUCAUCAACAUGCAUACAUAGACCCCAAAAAUUAGCUGAUCAUACAUCAUCAUCAUCCAUAGAUUUCCAAAAACGCCCAUCAACCCCUCCAUCAUCAUCAUCAUACAUGGCUACUACCCCACAAAAAGCAACUACCUCAUCACCAUCACCCAUAGACAAAUACCCAUCAUCGACAUCAUCAUCUAUUGGUAUCAAUGAAUAUUCACCAUCUUCAUGCAUCGAUUUUGAUGUAUAUCCAUCGACCCCAUCAUCCAACAUAGGACCUCUUGAUCUCAAAAAUGGAGAGGCCCUGUUCUCUGGCAUGUCAUCAAAAGAACUGCUAAGAUCUCUGAUCAAUUUGAGCCUUGUUGCUUAUGAGCCUUUUGUUGACGCCGGAAUCCGGCUGAUGAAAUCUCCAUCUUUGCUAGAAAAUCCGAUUUUUCGGCAACUCGGCUUGCCGAUUAUAAAGAAGACUCUGUAUGAUCACUUUUGUGCAGGGGAGGACAUGGAGGAGGCGAGAGGGACUCUAGAGAGGCUCUGGGGUGUGGGUUUGAGGGGAGUUUUGGAUUAUGGAUUGGAGGAUGCAGAGGAUGAUUUGGGUUGUGAUGAGAAUCUGGAUCAGUUUCUCAAAACGGUUGAGAUGGCAAGUUUUCUUCCACCUUCAUCAGUGAGCUUCGCCUGCGUAAAGAUCACCGCGAUCUGCCCUCUCUCUCUCCUUGAAAGAGUAAGUGAUCUCCUGAGGUGGGAGCACAAAGACCCGACACUCCGCCUUCCAUGGAAACGUGACACACUCCCGAUUCUCUCUCCUUCUAGCCCGGUGUACCAUACACCAAACAAGCCUGAGUCACUAUCCCAGACAGAGGAGGCUAGACUCAACUUAGCUCACGAAAGGCUCGAAAAACUCUGUAAAAAAUGCAAUGAGUUUAGCAGUCCCUUGCUUAUCGAUGCCGAGUACACUACGGUGCAACCAGCCAUAGAUUAUCUCUCUAAUUAUGCUUCAAUUAUGUUUAACAAGGAUGAAAAUGCCCUUGUUUAUGGUACUAUACAAGCGUAUUUGAAGGAUGCCAAGGAGAGGUUAGUGAUGGUGUUAGGGGAGGCAGAGAAGAGGGGGAUUUCAGUUGGGUUUAAGCUUGUGAGGGGAGCAUAUAUAAGUCGGGAGGUGGCCCUUGCUAGGUCGUUAGGUGCGCCAUCACCGAUCAAUCCAUCGAUUCAAGCAACACAUGGCGUGUAUGAUUCAUGUGCUUCUCUAAUGCUCGAGAACAUUGUGAAGGGCCGGGCAUCUGUUGUUCUUGCUACCCAUAAUCUAGAAUCAGGGAAAGCAGCAGUUGCGAAGGCAGAAGAGCUAGGACUGAGCAGAGAGAACCCCAGGUUACAGUUUGCUCAACUCAAGGGAAUGGCAGACACCCUCUCUUUUGGGCUGAAGCAAGCAGGCUUCCAAGUAUGCAAGUACUUGCCGUAUGGCCCUCUUGACAAAGUCAUCCCUUACCUCCUCAGAAGAGCUGAGGAAAACAGAGGCAUGUUAUCAUCUUCUGCCACCGAUAGACUUCUCAUGGGAUCAUUGGAUCUGCACAACCUUUUGAGCUGCAAAAUCAUGGAACUAAAGCAGAAAUGCAACGGAGACUACUUGGGAUGCAUUUUAGAUCCUAAGUCCAUCGCUAACAUAGCAACAUAGACUUUCAAAAGGAGACCACAUUUUAACAAGAUCUCCAAUAAGCUUGUCCCAUUUGACGAUCUGCCACUACUCUGCACACUUUUUACAGAUAAGGAAUGAUUCAUAUGUAUAAUUCCGUCUUUUAUAAAUAAAGUUAAACCAAUAAUAUAAAACUGGAAAACUACAUGAAACUACUGACUAAAUAGAAUUUGAACAAAAGAUCCAAUUUGUGACUGAUGGUUAACAGAACUGAUACUUGCUUGUAAAGUCUAUGUUUAUUUAUUUAUUUAUUUUGGUUCUAAUAUGCGCUUGGUUUACUGAUUGUUGU